AUGCAUGCUCUUUUCCAAAGCCGACGAUUUAAUGCUGGCGUCCUCGAUUUGAUGGGAAAGAACAAUAAUACUGCCGAGAAAAAUAUGCGUUUGCAGUACGCUCUGCUAAAAGAUACAUUGCUGAUGAGGCGAAGCAACGAUCCACAACCAAUCAGAGGAGCUUUCGGAAAGCGGCAGUACCCUUGGAAAGACAUUCGACAAAAAUCUACAGGGAUCGUUAAGUUACCUUACAGGCUGAUUCAAGGACAGACAAGCAUUGAAACUAACUGCCAACUGUCUGAAAUUAUGAAACUUUAUAAACUGUGAAUCAUCACAGACAAUUUUCGGACAACGAGAUUAUAGUUGGGAGUAAUUGAUGCAGAAGUUUUACUUUAUGCUUAAGUUACGAGGAGUAAUUAACUUAGGUGUAAUUUAUUGUGUCAGUUUAAUUGCAUUUAAUGAAAAUUUAAUGCCACGAGUCAGGAGGAAUUUCUUUGAUGGUCUCUUCAUCUGGGAAUCUCAUUUAUAGGAAUUCUUCCACAGUCUUUCAUAGACAGACAUAAUCUUCUUCCAGAGAAAGAAACGAAAUUUUUUUUCAAGAAGUGUUCUAUAUAUAAUUUUUUCUACAACAUGGAAAUAUUAUUCAAUGGUAUGCUAAUUUUUAAAGCAAUUGACAUAGUGAAACGAAUUUCACAAAUUAAAAGUCAAGUAAUUAUCCCAUCAGUCUACCAAGGAAUCAAAAAUCUGCUGCAAAAUCAUAGAAAAAAGAUUCGUAAUUUACAGUGUACAUCAAUUUAGAAGUCAUCGAUUCGCCAAAUUAAUAAUUAAAUUAUUGUAUAACGAUAUCAACAACUGUAUAAAGGAAAAGAAGAUAUUAGAAGAAAUAAAUUUGGAAAAUGAAUGACGCAUUGGAUUCAACUGCUGUGAGGAGGCAGAAGAACGAAAGGAGCAAAGAAGCAAAAGAAGAAGAAGAAGAAGUCAGGCAAACUUUCUGAUGAAGGAAGUUGUUUGCAGUCGAAUGAAUCGAACCUUGGAAAGAGUGGUCCCAGACGGUGUUGGAAAUGGCUCAAAGGAGCCCGCGGCACGUCGACAAGACGUCCCCCUUUGUGGGAUACCGUUCGACCACCGAGCAAGUAACGAGAUCUCGUGAACGUACUAUAUAUACUACAAGCGACUAAUAUCGUCACUUUUCAAACCAGAGUAUGAUAUCUCUGUUCCCGCGACGAUGAACGAUUCCUUUGUUCCUUUGUCUCCAACUUACUUAUAUUAUCUAUGUAUUAUUCAAAGAAGAAUUAUUUUCUUGGAUUAGUAAAGUGGAGAAACAUACAGUGAGAUGCUACACUGUAAAUUAGAUGUAAUUAAAUGUAUAGUCAUCACAUCUAAUUAUGCUGGAAUGGAGAAGCAUUUAAAAAAAAGAGAGAAACGUAUUAUUUAGACAUUGGAUACUGUAUAUACAUUGGAUGCUGCACGAAACCGUUAUGCAACCUGCAGCGGUCUUUGCUCGAUUGCCCGAUUCCCGUUGCCCUGUCGUUUUUGUCACGGUUUAGGUUAGAUUUAGCGAAACCAAAUCAAAACUCAUUUUUGUUAAAAAAAUUUUUAUCCAUGAGAUGGCGAAAAAGAUUUGAAGGAUAAUAAAGCAAUGACUAAGGAAACAAACACAUUCUGCAAUCAUUCUCAUCUACAAGGAAACCACGUUUCAUUGGUUGUUUAGCACUCGAAUUUUUUUCAUACCAGUCCUCUGCGUCUACAUAAUUGAAAUAUGCGUCUCGAGUAAAUUUUCAAAUUGAUUUCAGAUCAGAAAGCUUCGUUUCCAUUUCUUCGAUGUCAAGUGACAGCCGCUACGAUCAUGCAAGAAACCAUGGGCAUUCACAUCACGAAGGCAUUUUCCGGUUUUCUGUGUUCCAUAACGUUUUAAAGCAAUCGUACGGUUCAUUUCAGAAACGACGUUCAUUGUCCUCUCCCUGUUACGCCAAGCUGUCUCCACAUUUCGAAUCCUUCCAUAGAAAUCAAGCUCAGUAUACUUCCAUCGAAUGAGCUUAGAACAAUGAGCUAUCCACUAAUUGAACUAACCUCAAAAGCGCUGUCAUCUUUCAAAUAUAUGUAUUCGAAGGGUAUCUGUUCGAGUUAUUAGUUUUCAUGGCGUUAGACUUUUCAAAUUGUCUACGAAAGAAAUUUGAGGAAUUUUACGGAUUGGAAAUUGAGAGAUUUGCCAUAUUGCAAAUUGAUGCGUCUUGGAAAUUUGAAGAUUUUUAAUCUGGCGCUUCGGCGUACUCU